AUGCCUUGCAAACAUGAGAGGGACAACAUUUUGAUCGGCAAGAAUCAUCCCAAGGAAUUGCUAGAACAGCCGAAGCAAAGCCAAGUCGCAGUCAUAUGCGACCCAGCCAUUAUCAACAUAAUUGACCGGGAUCUGAAGCCGGCGAGCCAAGAUUCCACAUCUGGCCGAGCUGACCGGUUCCAAGAACUUCUGCGGAAACUUCAACGCUCUUCGCAAGUUCGCCAGUCAAAUUCCACGGCCAAGAAAAAGCCUGGCGAGAAUCGUCCAAGGCAAGACUCUGAUGAUUCCGGUAACUCUGGUGACUCUGGUGUCGACGUCGGAAGCUCAACAAAAACUCGAUCUCUCAACCCUAUGGCAAAGGAGUUCUCGGUGUCCGGCCCCAAGCAAGACCCAGUUGUGGUAAAAGCGCCCGAAGAAACGUCUAUCAACAUUCCUCUAUCGAUGCUCAAAAGGAUAUUGGGCAGCAGUGACGCCUCCAAGAUCAUCGACGCUCCUCAGCAUCAUCUGGAUGAAAUCGUUGCCAACACACUCCAACGGUAUGGCAUUCCAGAAAUGCACCAACAUCACAUUGCGUCGCCUCCUACUUUGUCAUCUUUGGUGGCAAGUCCGACUUUCCAGUCGUCUUUCCUUCAGCAUGUUUCUCCACCAUCCACUGGCCCAACUCUGGGACUCCAGGACAACGCGAUGAUGCCCCGGUUUGGCGUUCUUCCUCAGAUCCCUGUUGUUCCGCUAGAUCCAUCUGCCGCAGGCUUCGCACCGUCUGUUACAAGGAAUUUGGUUAGCAUCCCUCCUCCGCCGCCGUCUGUUUCGCAUUUCUACCAGCCAACCUACAUCCAACCUCCGUCCGGAAACAACGCCCAGUUGGAUACCUACAUGCGAACUCCCGACUAUGGUCGACAGAUGCCCAAUGUUCAACCGCCCGUUUCUGGGCUUGGACCGCAUCACGAAACUUCUUUCUUCCAGGCGCAGCCGUCGAUGCCAAACCAAGGACAUGUCUUUAACGGAAACAAAACUCCGGCAUUUGGUACUGGAAUCAACCCAAGACCCGCUCGCAAGCCGCGGGUGCCUGAUGCAUUUGGCCAGCAGAGCUAUGAGGCUUACAUCGAAUGGCGCAAAGCAAACGAGCCCGGAUACGCCCUUGAAUGCAAGGCAAGGCAGGCCAAGAGGGCCUUUCGAUCCAAUGGGCCUGAUUCACAGCUUCCAUCUACCGGCCUGGUAGCUCAAACCUCUUCUUAG